AUGUCGAUUGGCAUCGUACGCCACACCAUUGUUGGUGCUUUGCUUUUCGUCACCAGCACCCAUGUUCCAGGACUCGUCUCGGCACAAACAACGACUCUUCCCUUGAGUGCGGCAAAUGUUCAUUGGGGAUAUUUUAGCAAGACCCUCGACCCAGUUCUCACUGUUGCUUCCGGUACCGAAGUCGUUGUUGAAAUGGCAACUCACCACGCUUGCGAUGAUUGGGACAAGAUGAUCAUGGGAGACGCUGCCAUGGAAGAGAUCUACACGUGGACCGGAGACAUUGUCGGCGAGGAGUUUCGUGGCGCCAGUGGUGGUGGCGACGGUGUGCACAUUCUCACGGGCCCUAUCUUUGUUGAAGAUGCCGAGCCGGGAGAUAUCCUCAAAGUGGAGAUAUUGGAUCUUCAGCCCCGACCUAACCAGGAUGGCAAGACCUUUGGGUCCAACGCUGCUGCCUGGUGGGGCUUUCAAGCCCGGGUCAACAAGGCGGACAACACUCCUUUCUACGCCGGGUCGUUCUCCGACACGCCAACCCAGAACGACGAAAUCGUCACAAUCUACGAGAUUGUGGAAGAAAACGGUCAGAGUUUCGCGGUGCCUUCGUACCAGUUUGAAUGGCCCAUCAUGACGGAUCCCAAUGGUGUUGAACGCGAUUACAUUGCAUACCCAGGUACAUGUGUUCCACAUGACACUCAUAGCAUAACCAUACCGUCUUCGGAUGUUACUGAUAUGGGAUGGACCAAAGCGGGAGCCAUCACUUACUACGACAAUGUGUUCAAGGCUAAGAUUCCUAUCAACUACCAUGUGGGUUGUAUGGGGCUUGCUCCCGCUUCCCAUGACUUUGUCGAUUCCAUUCCGCCAAUGCCAACCGGUGGCAACCUGGACAAUAAGCGUAUUGGUGUUGGCACCACCAUGUACUACCCGGUGGAAGUUGCGGGAGGCUUGAUCUCAAUGGGUGAUGCACACGCUGCUCAGGGCGACUCGGAACUUGAUGGUACAGGAAUCGAAACCUCAAUUACGGGCAAGUUUAAGCUAACGGUCAUCAAACAGGAAGAUUUUACAGCUUCUCAGGCAGUGUUGGACUUUCCCUUGGGCGAGACGGCAACGGACUGGAUUAUUCAUGUAUUGAUGCAGCAGCAAAAAAUACAUUUACACAAACCCGCAAGUUUCUAA